GCCAACUGUUUAUUUCUUCAAUUCCUGCCAACUGGGCUGAUUUUGACUUCCAUUUUGAGCUUUUGGAAUGACCAGGUAGAGCUUCUUUAGUUUUGGCUGCUACUUCUGAUGAGUUUUGCGUUUGCGAAAUUUUUAUAUCGAAUACGGAUCGACAGCUUUUAUUUGACGCUCUUUUGCUAAUUAUUCAUUGAAAUUUCUCUUUAUUUAUUUUUAGGAUGUCGGAAAAGGAGCUAAAAUUCGAUUCAAGCGACCCUCCUGCGUACAGUCAGUCGAAUGUUUACAAUGUUGACCUUGAGAAGGGACUUCCUUUGUAUAUGCCAAAAGACAUAAAGAACCCUUCCAAUUCAACUUCUUUCAAAACCAAACAUAGAAAAAAAAGGAUAAUAGUUGAGUCCGACGACUUCAGUCGUUUCUUUACCGACUUUAGGAAGAAGACAGAUCAUUAUUUCCCUGAAAAUGUAGUCGUUAAAAGUAAAUCGAUGUUUUUCUGUUUGAUAUUGGCUUUAUCAUUCCUUUGUACAUUAGCAAUCUCCUAUCGUUUCGAACUAUUUUCUUUUCCGAAACAAGUAUAUAUGGAAAAUGGAUACAGUUUGGCCCUUCUUGGACCUUCAGGCCUUUUGCUUGUGAUAUGGGCAAUAUUCUUUGCUCUUUUCUGUGCACUUAUUUGGCCUUUCAUAUUGACAAUACGGAUUGCCGCUAAAGUUAUAAUCUUUAUCGUGGUUGGUCUUGGCAACGGUCUUGCAUGGUUCGUUAGUGUUGGCUUCGAAGGUCUCGCAUGGUUCGUUGGUACUGGCUUCAAAGGUCUUGGUGAAGGUCUCGCAUGGUUCGUUGGUGCUAUCUUUUGGGGAAUUUAUAACAUUACUGUUUUUGGCCUUGGAAUGGGAUUUGAGCGCUCAGCUGAAAACACCGGUUCGCCUACACUUCCCAGAUAUCAACAGAGAGAUGAUGCAUUAGCUCCUCCGCCGACAAACACGAAUGAAGAAAUCGAGCUUCAGAGCAAUCCUACCACUCAAAGUUAAUGCCUACUUAUUUGCGUUUCUUUUCUCAUGAGCCUUAACUCUUCCGAUCAAAAGUCAAUAAGUGGAAAAAGAGAACAUUACAAGCAAUUUGUUCCGGUGAAUAUUUAUAUAUAUUUGUUAAGCGUUCUUGCGUUUGAUUUUGACUACGAACUCAUCCUUGUACCAACAUGAAUUGGAAAUGACGAAGAAAAUUGGACAAUAGAAAGGCAUGCAUAC